AUGCCGCUGCUGCAGGUGCAUCCAGAGAAAGUGCUGGAAAUUCCCUUCGCUCUCUACAGCAGCUCUGUAGUGCAGCUAACUCUUCGUAACAUUUCUCCUCAUCCUUAUGUUGCAUAUAAGAUUAAGACUACUGCCCCCAAGAAUUACCUCGUUAGGCCAUCUACAGGUGCUGUACCUCAAGGAGAGGCCCGUUCUGUACAAAUAGUAUUACAAGCAAUGCGUGAGGAGCCACCAAGGACAGCAACAGAUCGUUUUCUUGUGCAGGCAACUCCUGUAGAUAAUAAUGUCCCUUUGCCUCGUAGUUAUUGGCUAGAAUUACCCAAGACAGACCUAGAGGAGACUAGAUUAAGUGUAAGCUUUAAGAGGACUGCAGCAACAGCAGCAGGAAGCAGCAGCAACAGCAGCAACAGCAGCAGCAGUAAUAGUGGUGGUGCUGCUGGUGUAGGGGAUCCUGCUGCUCCUUCUGCUGCUGUUGGGGAUAAUAAUACACCAGGAGGAGGUAUGCCUCCAGGUCCAUCAUCUACAGGAGCAGAUGAGGGAGAAGUAGGUGGUGUUGGAGGACACAGCAGCAGCAGCAGCAGCAGCAACAGCAGCAGCAGCAGCAGCAGCAGUGGUGGUGGUAUAGGUGGUAUAAAUACAUCAUUAGGAGGAGGAGGAGGAGGAGGAGGAGGAGGAGAUCUAAGACAACAAUAUGAUCAAUUAGUUGAGUAUACAUUAGCAAUGGAGAGACAUAAGGAAGAAUUAGCAAAAGAAAAUGAUUUAUUAAGGCAGCAACUGCAGCAAAAAACACGUGCUGCUCUCUUCGAGCUAUGGUGUGCUGCAGGUGCUGCAGGUGCUGCAGGGCAUCUGCAGCACACCUGGCAGCAGUAA